GCGGGCCUGGGGCGAGCGAGGUUGGCACGUCGUUACCCCUACUCACGACCCCCCCCUGCCCCGGAGGGAAGCUCCAGCGGCGGAAGCAGCUCGUUAGUGGUCGCCGGGGGGGUCUCCGUGAGCCAUGGACCCGCGGAAGUUGAGCGAGCUGCGGGCCUUCGUGAAACUCUGCAAGCAGAACCCGGCCGUCCUGCACACCGAGGACCUGAGCUUUUUCCGCGAGUGGGUGGAGAGUAUGGGAGGCACAGUACCUCCAGCUCCAUGCAACACUUCUGCAGAAGAAGGUGCUGAGGCAAAAGCAGAAGAAAAGAAACCAGAAGAGCCCCCAAAGCCACCAGAACCAGAGAGUGAAGAGAGUGAUUUGGAGAUUGACAAUGAAGGUGUGAUUGAGCCAGACAACGAUGAACCUCAGGCAAUGGGAGAUGAAAGUAUUGAGGUAACAGAAGAGAUGAUGGACCAGGCUAAUGAAAAGAAGAUGGAAGCUAUUAAUGCACUAGGUGAAGGUGACUUUCAGAAAUCAAUUGACUUGUUCACAGAAGCCAUCAAGUUGAAUCCUCAUCUGGCAAUCCUGUAUGCCAAGCGAGCCAGUGUCUUUGUCAAAAUGCAAAAGCCAAAUGCUGCCAUAAGAGAUUGCAAUAGAGCCAUUGAGAUUAACCCUGAUUCAGCGCAGACAUACAAAUGGCGAGGAAAAGCCCAAAGACUGUUGGGUCACUGGGAGGAGGCUGCACGUGAUCUGGCUUUGGCUUGUAAACUGGAUUAUGAUGAAGAAGCUAGUGCCAUGCUGAAGGAGGUGCAGCCACGAGCUCAGAAGAUUGCAGAACAUAGGAGAAAAUAUGAAAGAAAGCGUGAAGAAAAAGAAAUCAGGGAAAGAAUGGAAAGAGUAAAGAAAGCUCGGGAGGAACAUGAGAAAGCUCAAAGGGAAGAAGAAGCUCGUCGACAAACAGGAGGGCCUCAGUUUGGAGGCUUCCCAGGUGGUUUCCCAGGUGGCUUUCCUGGUGGUAUGCCUGGUGGUAUGCCUGGAAUGGGGGGCAUGCCUGGUCUUAAUGAAAUUCUUAGUGACCCUGAAGUUCUUGCAGCCAUGCAGGAUCCAGAAGUCAUGGCAGCUUUCCAAGAUGUUGCCCAGAACCCAGCAAACAUGUCAAAGUACCAGAAUAAUCCCAAAGUCAUGAAUCUUAUUGGGAAACUAUCAGCCAAAUUUGGAAGUCAACCCUAAAAUCUUUUCACUGCAACGCACAGGGGAAAUAUCAAACACAUAGCAUAUGUUGCAAUAACACAAAUAACUGUACUUCUGAUUCUCAAAAGAGAACUAGAGUACUGUGGGUAGAAACCACCUCCCUUCCCCGUACCUGUUUCAGAAAUAAAUGGCAACCAGCUCACAAUUUGUGUUUUAUUUAAAGAAAGAAAAAUGCUUUCCCCUCUCACCACCUUUGUCCAGGGAGUUGUCUUACUCAACAGUAGUGGAGUUUACUUUUAAAUUGUAUUCAUUGUAAUCUUCCAGUAGAGUGUACCAAAAAAAAGUAGAGUGGAUGGGUUUUUUGUUUUUUAAUUUUAGUGGUGGUAGGUAGGGGAGGAUAACAAUGUUGGGUUUGUUUAUAAUGGUGUUGGUUGUCUGCUUCCUUGUGGUUGGACUCCUUGCUAAGAAUUUCUAAUAUGAGGAGGUGAGGGUUAGUAGAUGUUUUACCUGGAAGAAAUUGUACAUCAUACAUAUCCUUUUUUUUUAAUUUUAAUUUUUUUUUACAUUCACAAUAGUGAUUUAAAUUGUGAAAAAUCAAUUCUUCAUAAAUUAGAUCCCUAUAGCGGGGGGUGGGGGCGUACCCUUACCGUUGCAUGCUUCAGCUUUAAAUAUAUUAAUACAAGUGCUGCUGAGGCUUUACUACUUAUACAAUCAGUGGCUGCAAUCCAGUAGUAAAUUGCAACUAGAGUAGGUCCAUUGCAUCAGUGGAACUUAAGAGUUGAAUCACUAAAUCACUGUUGAUUCAGUGGCCCUACUCUAGUGACUUACUACUGGAUUUUAGCCAUUAUUUAGUAGAUGUUGGUCAUCUUUGUCAUGGGGACAACAUAUUUCUGUUAGCAUUAGUAAACUGAUCAACUUCAACAGUAGUGCUUACCUGGUUAAACUUCUUAAUAUAAGAGGAAAGCACAUUGGUCCUCACCAUCAUCUCACACAGUUCUUAAAAAAAUAGAAUGUAUGUGUACAGUACAGGUUUAUUAGGUGAUGAAGCUAUGAAUUUUGAGUUCAAGAGAGUCCUAUUCAGCCCACAUAUCUUUGUCAGAACUUCAAGAUUUAGUGCUGUUCUGUUUCACAGUUUAAUUCUUUCAUAUUUCCAUGUACCCCAAAUUAUUAGAUGCUUAAUAUUGUGUUACGAGUUUCUGUUAAUACCAUAUUGUCUCGUGCUUGUGGGUUUCAGUUUUGGAGAGAGGAGAAAAGUAUGGCCUAAAUUUUAUAUCUGAAAUAUAACUGCAGCAUGUACAUUCAUUGAACAUCUUGCUGGAAUGUUCAAUGAUAACUAAUGAGAGCUGGCUUUUGUCUACUAAAAUUUUGAUUUUCUGCUCUUGCUGUUGGAAAGCUUAUAAUAAUUAGGUCUUGAUCUCUUCUAGAGCUUUUGAAUGUUUUUUGUCCUGUGCUCUUGUAAUUCUGUCUGAAUUCAUAAGUGAUGUAUGUUUUCUGUUUUUUAAUUAAAUCCUGCUCUGGUUUAGGAACUCAACAAAUUCUACAAAUAAACUUUAGGAAGUUUUUUUUUCCUUA